UGACAUGGUGCAGAACUUACAUUUUAUAAACAAAAUAUUAAUGAUAUGUUGUAUGGGUGUGUUCGGAAGAAACAUUGUACGCCCACUAUUGAUUUUUCAGAUCUCCAAUAGCCAACCACUCACGACCACUUAACACUUGAGAGCUCCUUGAUUUCUGUCGAGUACAUUUAAAUAGACUGACCGCAAUUGUGUGAUUGGGAUAUUUUAUCCCAUGAAUUUUAUAGCGUAAUAGCUGAUGGAAGAAUCUUCUCAAAACGAAUAUGUACAUUUGGAACCCUUUAUUCAUCAAGUUGGAGGUCAUUCAUCUAUGCUGUGCCUGGAUGAAGCCACUGUGUGUAAACCAUUGGUGCCCAGAGAGCUGAAAUUUUAUCAGACGUUGCCUGAACCUGUCCAAAAAUUUGUUCCAAAGUUUUAUGGUGUCAUUCAGGUACAAGUUGUGCAGGAGGAUGGAGGUUAUGUUACUCUUAUUGCUAAUCCCCCAGAUUGUUACAAGCCCAAAACAUCUAAUAAUAAAAGUCGUGUGAGAAUUCGCCGGUCUGGAAGUAUUGAAAUUGAUGGAGAGGCUAUUGAAUUAUUUGAUGGUGAACAACUGAAUACAAGUGAAGACUGUGGUUCUUCAGAAAAAGGGUCGACAUCAACUGGUGUUGCUUUGAAUCCUUGGGUGUUGAAAUGUCACCGCACACAACUCCAAAACCUGAUUGCAGAUAUAGACUCGGAAAACAAUGCUCCAAAUUUUAUAUUACUUGAGAACCUGACAUGGAAAUUUACUUUUCCUUGUAUAUUAGACCUCAAGAUGGGAACCCGUCAAUAUGGAGAUACUGCUAGCCUUCCAAAAAAGCAAAGUAAAAUGUACAAAGUAGUGAGUACAACUUCAGGAAAACUGGGAGCACGAAUUGGAGGAAUGCAGGUCUAUCAAGUAACAACUCGGCGCUUUCUCUGCAGAAAUAAGUUUUAUGGACGAAGUCUGUCUGUCUCUGGUUUCCAGCAAGCAUUACGUCAGUUUCUACAUAAUGGGUCUCGUUUGCGCUCUGACGUGUUGUCACCAUUGAUACGACGCUUGGAAGAGUUAGUUGUAGUUCUUGCUAGACAGGAUGCUGUCCGAUUCUACACAACAUCAUUGCUCUUACUCUAUGAAGGAGAUGAGUCUUGCACAAAUCCAGCACCUGAAGCCACCAGUUUUGACUUUAAACAAUGUGAACUUAGUCGAAUGGGAAGUGAAGAACGAAUAGCUGGGCUUGGACGUCGCAGUUCAAGUGUUGAGACUCUGUCUCCAUUAUUAGAUAGAUCAUUUGAAAAGCUAUUGAGUGAAGAACCAGCCAUAGUAGCUAGUCAUCAUCGACGUUGUAGUAGCAGUACUGUGAUGUACGAGGAUGCUCAUAGCUCAAACAGCUCACCCCGAGAAUCAUCUUUGUCUACUCCUUUAUCACCACUGCCGAAAACUGCCACUCCUGAACCAUUAGUCGAUGUACGAAUGAUCGACUUUGCCCAUUCAACCCACAAGGGGUUGGAUGAUCCUGUUGUCUACACAGGACCUGACCAAGGGUUCCUCUUUGGCCUUGAAAAUAUGAUUGCUCUGCUCAAAGGCAUAGAAAGGGACCAUGGUUAAACUUGAUAAUGUGGGCUCACUAAUCUACCUGGUACAUUGCAACUGGCACUACCUUUCUUCCACAAACAUGAGAACUUGUUAGCACAAGUUACUAGGUUUCUGAAAUAUUUUUUAACCACUGCUACAAAAAAUAAUGAAAUUUGUAUGAAAAACUAGUUGGUUAGACAUAGGAACUGGAUACCAACUACAUUUAAUAAUUUUGGAGAAUAUGACCACCACGUUAUUGCUUUUUAUGAGCAAUUUGUAAAAUGUUGAAAAUUAUAUUGUUACAGAAAAUCGUUAAAAUGUUACAGUUUAGAGGAGAUAGAAAUCUGAAAUUUCUAAUAUCUCUAGUUUUAAUAUUCACUAGUCAUGGCUCAGGUUGUGGUCUGCCUGCAAGAUAAAAGUAAAAGAACUGAAUACUUCAGUUAAAAUUGAAACUGAAGUAAUAUGUUCAUAAAUUUAACGUUAAUUGUCCAGAGCCAUGGACAAAAGGUUGAUUAUUCAUGAAAGCCCAAAUGUCCCAGAAAAAUGAGGAGGAAAGUUGUUAAUUCCUGAUCCUUCCUGAUUCAAUGUUGAUGUAAGAUUUCAUGUUCUGUUAGCAUUUGUUGUAAAUUUGGAGAGUGAAACGGAUGCUAGUCAUUUAGAGUGAAAUGUUAUUGAUUUUCCUAUAUAGUUUAAUUAUGUUAUUUCCCAAGAGACUUUUUUUUUCAUUGUUACAGAUUAAACGGGAUAAUUUUUAAUGCCUAGUUUCACUAAUUUGAAUUUUUCAUCUCAAAAUUCAAUAGAAACAUUUAUGCAAAAGAAAAGGAAGUACAAGUUGAGGCAGCUUUUAAUAGUACAGUAUUCAUCACAAAAGUUUUGGACUUUACUAUGGACCAGAAAUAAGAAUAUCUUAACUUGUGAUAGUGUUUUCUUGCCUUUUGUCCAUUCCUAACUGACUGUGUCAGUAAUAAAUGCUUCUUCUAGACACUUUAUACAGCACAUGAAUAUUGCUUGGGUACAGGCCAUUAUAUAUUCUUCUUACUCUUCUAAAACUUUGUUUGGGUAUUGUAAGAACACAGUAGUGGGAAACAGUGGGAAGAAGAACCCAAAGAAAGUAGAAAGACAUGCUUCUUGCAAUCGGAAAUAUAUAUCUAAAUACAGCUCUUUGCGCCUAAUGUGGAUUAUACUAAAAUAUUACAUGUCUCUAUUCCUAGUACAGAGCACCAACUGCCCAGUCAUCAUAGACCAGUAUUUCCUGUCUUUACUGUUUCAAUAAAAGAUUGUUUAACUGCAUGUUUGCAUUGACUGAAUUUGGUAAGAUAAUAUAAUAUUCAUAGUAAUGUGCUAUAUUGAAUUGCCCAGAAUAAUUUUGUACAUACUUGGUGUAUUUUAGUUGUUCACGGGUAGGUAAGUGUGUUUGUGGGAGUGUCUAGUGCAGCUUAGAUAUAAAGAAAUAAAAUUUAUAUAAAAUAAUUUUAUUAUCUGAUAUGCAUGUAUAAUAUAAUGAAGUUUGCUAUUGCAGAAUAUCGAUUUAUGCACAAGUCAUGCAGUGUAAAUAAAAUAAUUUCUCUACACCUA